AUGUCGUCGCAGGCGCAGCUGGAGAAGAUGCAGAUCCGGCAGGGCUACCGGAAUGUAUGGCACACCGAUCUCAUCUCCACAAUGACAGCUGAUGCACCAUUUUGCUGUUUUGCUGCAUUGUGUGCACCAUGUGCAUCAUACAUGCUUCGAAGGCGGGCUCUUUACAAUGAUAUGUCGAGAUAUGUUUGCUGUGGUGGUUAUCUGCCCUGCAGUGGUCGUUGCGGAGAAAGUAAAUGCCCUGAGUUUUGUCUGUGCACUGAGGUCUUGCUUUGCUUUGCAAAUUCUGUAGCAUCAACCCGCUUCCUUUUGCAAGAUCAGUUUAAUAUACAGACAACGAAAUGUGAUAAUUGCAUCAUUGGUUUCAUGGUUUGUCUGCAACAACUUGCUUGUAUAUUCUCCCUUGUCGCGAUAAUAGUCGGUAGUGAUGAAAUAUCAGAGGCCUCUCAGGUGCUCAAUUGUUUAUCUGAUAUGGUCUAUUGCACGGUGUGCGCGUGUAUGCAGACACAGCACAAGAUUGAAAUGGAUAAACGAGAUGGUCGGUUUGGUCCACAGCCUAUGACAGUACCCCCACCUCAGCAAAUGUCACGUACUGAUCAGCCAUAUCCUCCCCCUGUAGGAUAUCCACAAGCCUAUGGGCAGGCAGCCUAUGGUUAUCCACAAGGUCCGCCUCAAGGCUAUCCCCCGCAAGGUUACCCACCCCAAGGCUACAACCCCCAAUAUCAACCACAAGCGUACCCACCCCAAGUAUACCCGCCCCAAGCCUACCCCCCACAGGGCCAACCGCAAGGCGCCCAGCCUCAGGGCCAACCCGAGAGCCACCCGGGACAACCUCAAAGCCAGCCAUCUCAGGAUCAAACCCAAAGCCACCCACCCGAAGGCCAACCUCAGGACUCUGCACCCCAAGGACAACCAGCUCAACCUCAAAUGCAUCCCCCUGCUGGCCAUCCUCCAAGUAACCAUCCAUCCUCUGAGCAUCAAAAAUGAUUAAUCAAAUGCCUACUUUAUGUAUUAAUCUGGCAAGUAACAUUUAAAUUACUCUGCAUAUAGUACAGUUUUCUACUUAACUGUCUUUCCUUGGAUUACACUUGAACAGUAGUGUUGCAAAAGAGCAAGAUCAACCCGAUCAUAUACCCUUUCUGUCUAAUUUAUUAUUUUCCUUUCAAAAUGUGGUUACAAAUGAGGCAACUGUUUAGUCUCCUAACUUUUAAUGUACCAUUUCUAUUAACUCUUUGUCUAGUAUUCUUAUUGCAGAUAAUGAUAAAGUUUAUUUAUCAAAAAAUACAC